AAAAACCAACAUCAUAAACAACAACAACAACAACAACAACAACAACACCAACCAACUAACCAACUAACAACAAUAUAAUCAACCAUGCUGGAAAACCAUCAACAACAACCAAUCGACUGCUUGCUAGACCACCUCAUCUCAAUCAGCACCCAACUCAUCGACUCAUCAAAGAAUGCACUCGAAUCGACCAUCAACUCAAGAGACUGUCUAAGCACCUUCUCCAGGAUCGAAAACUUACUAGAUCGAUCCAUCAGGAUCCGACAACGAGAACUCAAUCGGAAGAUCCACUCGAUCCAAUCCCAUCAACUCGAACUAGAUCGAAUCCAAGAACAAGUACACUCACUAUGGCCACAACAACAACAACAACAGCAACAGCAACAUCACCAUCUACAUUUCCAUCAAGUCAUCAAUCACUAUCCAUCCAUCCAUCAUCAAAAACAAUCCAGUAACAACACUCUCAUCUCAAUCGAAGAAGAUCAAACACUGAAACCACAUCAACCCACUCUAAGACUGAGCCCCUCCUUGAAAAUCAAACCCAUCCAACUCACCCGAUCCAACAGCUGCAACAAUAAGGAACACUACCAGAGCCCGACCGUCCAGCUCCUCUCGCCAUCGGUCCCUUCAGUCCGCUCCGACCAUUCCUCAAUCCUUCUCGACUACCACGCCCGACGGUCUUUCGACCAGCCUGCGCCGCUCCACCCCGUCUUCCCCCCCUCCCAGCCCACGACUCACUCCAAUACAUCCUCCUCCUCCUCCUCCUCUUCUUCCUCAUUGGCUACAUUCUUCUCACCCCUUCGGAUCGCAAAGAAGGCCUCCAAUAUCCUCAGCUCUUCUUUCUUAUCCUCCACUCUCAACCAUCCUCCUACUGCUACCACUAUCGUCCCAUCGAGACUGUCGAUCGAUUCUACGCUCAACGAACUCGCUUCUCGAGAUCCAUCAUCGCUGCUCGCUCACCAAUCCUCGCCUUCAUCCUCUCCCGCCUCCUCGAACCUCUCGCUUCCUCCGCCCGUGCCCUUCUCCUCGACCACCCCUCAACUCACUCCUUCAGAUCUUCUGCAUCCUCCUUGACCUUCGUCCUAGGCUCGACGCUUCUUAACUCACUCCAGUUGGUCGGAUCACUACCAAGACGAAGAAGCCGUCGGCUGAUCACUCCACAUGUAGAUAUUGACGUGUAUAUAUGCUGCUUUUAUCACUCCCCAUCCGUCCCAGUCAUUCGUUUUUUUUUUGUCUUAUCAUCAUAUUUAUUAGGGUUUUUUUUGGGAUAGAUAUGGUCAGUUAAUCUUCAAUAGUUGACAUUUCAAGCCUUUUAUAUAUACAUAAAUGUAAUAGUAAUAGCUUUCAGGAUUUAUGUCUUCGGAGUCAAUUUUUGAUCUAAGCAGUCUGAAUCCCAUCAACCUAUCCAUCAGUCUAUCUAUCGAUCUCUAUCUCUGUCAUCACCAUCAUCAUCAUCAUUUUCCAACACAUCUCCAUUCGAUUUUGAUUUGUAUUAUUAGUCUUUAGAUCCCUUAUACACACACCCUUCAUCUUGUAUCUUCGCUGGCAUUCCUGGUCUAUUGUGAGGAGGAGGAUUCGAAGGAGUAAGGGAGGGGAAUGUAUGGAUUUGACUCUUAAUUUUGAGUCCAUUGCUUCCAGUGUAAAUUAUCUUCAUUACAUACUUCCACCAUGUGAUAUCCUCUAGAUGUUUUUUUGUUUUUUUGUUUGUCUGUAUACAUA